AUGAUAGAUUGUUCCAAGUUAAGAUCUGUGAACAGAAUUAUUUGCAAGUUUAGCCGCUUUCGUGACUUUCAAGUUUUAAAAGAAUUGUUAUAUUUCGUUUUGAUAUUGUAUAAACAUGGCCACAUCGGUAGUAGACACUUACACCGAUCCCAGCAUGAGCUGGAUGAAUGCGCCACACAGUACGGGUACAUCCAUCAUGGCCUAGUGACAGAUAAAUUGACUAAGAUAUCUGAUCACAUUUACUGCUGUCGUUCUGGGUCUGCUGCUGAUACGCAGGCGAUUGCGGAUAUUGUCACAUACCACCUCAACUUUCACAAGAUGGAGUUGGGUGAGCCUCCGCUAGUUCAAACAGCAGCAGCAAUCUUUAGAGAACUUUGUUAUAAUUACCGAGAUUCGCUUGUUGCGGGUAUCCUUGUCGCUGGAUGGGACAAAAAUAAAGGAGGUCAAAUUUACUCAGUCCCCAUUGGGGGGCAUGGUUCAAAGACAGGCAGUGUCGAUCGGCGGCUCCGGAUCGUCAUAUGUCUAUGGCUAUGUCGAUGCUAA